AUGGCACGCUUCAUCCCGCGCGAUGCCUUCGGAAUCCCCAACUCGAUCCCCAAAACCUAUUUUCUUGGCCACCACCAGGCCGGCGCGAACAAGAUAAAGACGGUCCUCCCGACAAUCUCCCUCGUCCUCGAAUGCCGCGACUUCCGACUCCCUCUCUCCACGCACAACCCGUACCUCGAGCGCUCCCUCGCCGGCCGUGAGCGCCUGGUCAUCUACACCAAGUCCGACCUCGGGAGCGACAGCCGGGGCGCCAAGAAUGCCCUGAAGAGGGUGUACGGCGACAAGGCCGUCUUCUGGGACAAGAACAAGAAGUCCACCACGGACGCCCUCAUCCGACGGCUCAAGGAGUCCGCGCAGGCCGCCGACUCGCUCACGGGCCUGCGCGCCCUCGUCGUCGGCAUGCCCAACGUCGGUAAGAGCACGCUCCUCAACACGCUGCGCAGCGCGGGAACGCAGGGGAGGAAGGCCAAGGCGUCCAAGACGGGUGACCAGGCCGGCGUGACGCGCAAGGUGGGCACGGCGGUGCGCAUCAUCGAGUCAGAAGACAAGCCCGGCGGCGUGGCCUCGGGCGUCUUCGUCGUCGACACGCCGGGAAUCUUUCAGCCGUACGUCGACGACGGGGAGACAAUGAUGAAGGUGGCCCUGGCGCACGGCAUCAAGAAGGGGCUGAUCCAGGACGAGAUUCUCGUGGACUACCUGCUCUAUCGCAUGAAUCUGUUUGAUCCCGAGAUGUACGGACGAUACUGUGAGCCGACCAAUGAUGUCAAUGAUUUCCUUGCUGCCGUCGCGACUAAGGAGGGACGUCUCCGACCGGGUGGGAUACCCAACAUACCCGAGGCGGCAGCCAGGGUUCUGUCUCAAUGGAGAGAUGGCAGGAUGGGGAAGUUUGUGUUGGACGAUCUCUCAGAGGAUGCCAUCCGUGCCCAUGAAAUAAUGCUUGCAGAGCCACGACUGAGUAUAAACCAAGCAAAAAAGUUGCAGAAGGAAGAGCGCAAGAAAGAAAAAUCUAGCGAAUAG